CCAAGAAGCAGCUGCAAGAGCUUGCAGACGGUUUGGCCGAGACCCUUGGUUUGAGCGCGUAUUUUGCCUGGGAUACAGCUCCUGCGGCCAGCUCUGCUCUAGACUUCUUGGGCGACAGCCAUGUUGGCAUGCCACCGAACCUCUUUUCAGAGCCCCCUGUCCAGCAGCCAGCCCAGCCAUGGUUGACGCGUGGGGGAACCGAGGGGGGCAUCACCAGUUUGGUGUUGCCGAUAUCGAUACCACACCAAUUCUCACCGUCUUUGAGAAUUGGAGAUCGGCGGGGCGAGAAACCCGAUUAGGCAUAGAUAAGUAUCGAAUGACAUUGUCAACCACUACGGCCACAAAGAAACCAACAGCUGUUCCAUGACGGUGACACGCAGGUAUUGGAAACUCCAAGCCCCUAUGGCAGAUAACUCGUCUGCUGGUGUCCAGGAUCACCUCGCCACAGCCCUUAUCCAGACUCCCCUUCUUCUCCGCCUCUUGCACCGGUAAUGCACCGUUUCUUCAACCUCGAUCCUGCAUAAGUACAAAAGAGGUCCCCUACUUUUGGCCUGGGGUGUUCUGCAACAUUGACGACUCAACUUUGUCGAUCAAUUCCAACUCCCCACAGAGCCCCGACCCGGCAUCCCGUGCAGCACCGUCGCAGCAGCGCGUCAUCCUAGAGGAGAGCUAGAACACCCCUCGUCUGCUCAACCUGUUUGACGCUCCUCUCGACGUUGCAAAUUUUUUGACCCGAACCCCACAGCCCUCGGUCGACCCUCUAUACCAUCGAAGCCAUGGAGAACACAACGUUCACUACGGAGGCGCCACGGAGACGCAAUGCCUUCAAGCGCUUCGCGGACAAGAUUGCUGUCGAGCAGGAGCCCGGGUUGACAACAGCACAGCUGAUGUUGACGAACCACGAUCUCAAACCGGUUGAGCCCGAACGACGCCAAUGGGGUCCGUGGAACUUUGUCGGUUUCUGGAUUGCCGAUUCAUUCAACAUCAACACCUGGAUGAUCAGCGGUACUAUGAUCGUGGGCGGUCUGUCGUGGUGGCAGUCGUGGAUUUGUGUCUGGCUUGGUUAUGCGAUUUCUGGCUUCUUUAUUUGCUUGACGGGCCGCAUUGGCGCACAGUAUCACAUUGGGUUUCCGGUCGUGGCCAGAUCCUCUUUCGGAAUCUGGGGAAGUCUGUGGCCAGUGUUCAACCGGGCUGUCAUGGCUUGUAUCUGGUAUGGUGUCCAGUCGUACAUUGGAGGGAGGUGUGUCUACAUCAUGAUCAGGGCAAUCUGGCUAUCUUGGGACCGCAAUACCAUCCCCAAUACCUUUCCUGAGAAUUCCGGUACCACCACGGCCGAUUACGCUUCUUUCUUCAUCUUCUGGCUCUGCUCGCUUCCGGCCAUCUGGUUCCCCGUCCACAAGAUUCGCCAUCUGUUCACCGUCAAGUCGUAUGUCGUCCCUGUUGCGGGCAUCGCCUUCUUGGUCUGGGCCGUCGUUCGCGCCAAAGGGCUCGGUGAUAUCGUGCGCCAGCCAGCGCGCUUGGAAGGCUCCGAACUCGCCUGGGAGUUCGUGAAAGGUGUGAUGAGCUCCAUUGCCAACUUUGCGACUCUCAUUGUCAACGACCCCGAUUUCUCCCGCUUUGCUGGCAAGCCCAAAGACGCCCUCUGGUCUCAGCUCUUCACCAUCCCUAUUGGUUUCGCUGUCACCUCAUUCAUCGGCAUUAUCGUCUCCUCUUCCUCGACAGUCAUCUACGGCGGUCCUCCCAUCUGGGACCCUCUUGUGCUCCUCGAAAAGUUCAUUGAUGAUAGCGGUUCUGGUGGGCGUUUCGGCGUCUUUGUAAUUGCCACCGCUUUUGCCCUCGCCCAGCUCGGCACCAACAUUGCUGCCAACUCCGUCUCGGCUGGUACCGAUUUGACUGCCCUUCUGCCUCGUUGGCUGGACAUUCGUCGCGGUGGUUACAUCGCCGCUGCUGUCGGUCUCGCCAUGUGCCCUUACACCCUCCUCACCGACUCCAACCAGUUCACCACCUACCUCUCCGCCUACUCGGUGUUCCUGUCCUCCAUCGCCGGCGUCAUGAUUUCCGACUAUUACUUUGUCCGCAGGGGCUACCUCGACGUCAAGGAGCUCUACGACGCCCGACCCACCUCCCCAUACCGCUUCACCUACGGCUUCCACUGGCGCGCCUACGCCGCCUACAUCGCGGGCAUUCUCAUCAACGUCGUUGGUUUUGCCGGAGCUGUUGGCACGGAAGUCCCCAUUGGCGCCACUUAUGUAUACAAUGUCAACUUCUUUGGCGGAUUCGGAGUCUCAGCGUUUGUGUACUGGGGUCUGUGCAAGCUCAGCCCUAUCCCCGCCUGCAGCGACAAGUGGAUGGAGGUUGGCGACGAGAUUGAUGACUUGAGAGUGGCGUAUGAUGCUGACAAUGCCAGCGGGACGGGGAGCCAGGAGUAUGUCCCCGGCAAGGGAGAGAAGGAUGUGGGCAGGGUUGUUUAAUAAAAAAGAAAUUGGAGUUGAUGAAAAACCGAGUUGGGAGGGAAGGAACAGUUGUUUGCUUUUGUUUUUUGGAAGUUUAUACCCUUGACGUAGUUGAUCUGCCAAUGUUGUUAUGGAGGAUACCUGAUUCUGGGAGUUUUGCCGAGGACAUGUCAAAACAGCGAUAAUAAAUAACGAUUAUACACUUGCAUGCCGGUAGAUGCCGUGCUAUCGUG